AUCGGAAACCCCAAAAAGAAUUGUGCAUACAAAUGUUGUCUUUUUCUCCUAGUGUUUGGCCCUUUGAGGAUUCAACCUGCCAUGAACAAGAGAACUGCAAGCACAGAGAUGCCCGCACUUGCUCUUCACCACCUCCUCUCCAUUUUCCCUUCUCAUCACCGUCUCCUCAUGCGGAGCUAGUACUUGAUCAUUCCAAUAUCCCAUUUGCAGCGAAGAACGGCGAAGUCACGAUGGUCAAGAAGCUGAACCACAACGCCAGCGAGCGCGAUCGGCGGAAGAAAAUCAACAGUUUGUACUCCACGCUCCGUUCGCUGCUUCCGUCUGCUGAUCAAACGAAAAAGUUGAGUAUUCCGGAGACAGUGUCCCGAGUGCUGAAACACAUACCAGAACUGCAACAGCAACUGCAGACACUCGCUCAAGAGAAGGAAGAACUUCUAUCAAGAAUCAAUGCCACCCAAGGAAGAGAUGAUUGCCCUCGCCAAGAAAACAGCAAACGAAACGGUGCACUUCCCAAUUCGGUGCCAUCUAUUUCGACAAAUCGUUUGAGUGAGAGUGAGGUUGCAAUCCAAAUAUGCACAACAAAGGUCAUGACUCAGAAUACUGUCGACUUCUCUGAGAUAUUGCUUACCUUGAAUUAUCAUGGCUAUCCUCUAAUAAAUGCUUCCACGUUCAAGUCAUUCGGAGGGACAAGAACGUCCUUCUACAAUCUACACGUUCAGGUUGAGAGAAGUUGGGGGAUGGAGUGUGAGGCUUUGAAGGAGAAACUACUGGCGUUAUAUGAUCAGAAGGGAAGGGAAGUAAAAUUCCUGAGACAACUUGAAAAUCAGAUCAUGAUGCAAUAGUCCCUCCAUUAGUAUAUAAAUUCAUCAAUGAAGCCCUUCAGCUUGGUGUUCUGCUUAAGCAUUUGUAAAUAUACUGCAUGUAAUCUGAGAAUGUCUUUAUACAUUUCUUUUUCGAAUAUGUAAGUUUUAAACAGAUAAUUGUUUAAA